CGCCGGAGAGAGAGACAGAGCGAGCGAGCGAGCAGCCACACACACACCGUCUCCACACAUCCACUCGGAGAAAUCCUCCGCCGGAACUCCAAAGUUAUACCUCGUGAAGGCCGAGGCUCGGUAGAGCCUUUUAACAAAGAGGUCUGCAAGAUGGAGGAAAUUGGCAUUGAAGUGACCCCAAUCAACGACAAGUGCUGUCAGACCGAAACACUGUCUUACUGCAGUUGCCAGCCGGCUCAACAGCAAGAGGGCUGUGACCAACUGCAAGUGCAUAUUAUUGAGCCAGGAGACCCACCUCUACUUCAACAGCAGCUCCAGACUUCUAAGUCAGGAAUUCAGCAAAUAAUUGAGUGCUUUCGCUCAGGUACAACCCAGCUCAGGCACAUGUUGUUGAAGGAAGUGGACACCAUCUUCGAGUGCAGGCUUUGCCGAAGUCUUUUCCGUGGUCUACCCAAUCUGGUCACACACAAAGAGUUCUACUGCCUUUCUGGACAUCAGGAGCAAGAUGAUUCUUCUGAACCAAACAAGCAGAACCAGGCUGUCAAAGAGCUUCUAGAUGCAAUCUAUCCACAACGAGACAAGCAGGAACAUGUGAUUCAGCUGGAGACGAUAGAGACCAACCCCAAUGCUGUGUUCCAACACCUGUCUGUUGAGAGUUAUGAGAACGAGAAUGUGACCAUGUCCACUAAUUCCCAUCAGCCGGAACCUGGACCGCAAAAACCGCAUCGCCGCAAAUCUUCUGUAGCCCCGAAAAAGAUUGAACAGCAAAACCUAGAAGACACAGAUGAUGACAUGGAUACAGCAUCUGAUAAAUCUCCAGAUAUAGAAGAUACAAAAUCAGAAGAAAUGGACAACACAGAACAGGAUAAGAGGGUGGAAAAGGAAGAGGAAGCUCCCCCUGAGAUGAAGGAGACAAGGAUAUCUUGCUGCCUCUGUCAAAAGGACUUCAGCUCAAGGAGCAGCAUCCGCCGCCACUGCCGCAAGAUGCACCGGCAGAAGCUGGAAGAGUUGUGCAAGUUUACCGAAACACGCACAGUGCCCAUCAGCUUGCUGUCUAUGGUAAAGACCAAACGUACAGAAGAUCCUCCGCCAGCCACUGGCAAGAGUUGCCCUGUCUGCCAAAAGUCGUUUGCUACCAAGGCGAAUGUCCGUCGGCACUUUGAUGAAGUGCACCGAGGACUGAAGCGAGACUGCAUUACACCUGACAUUGCCACCCGACCUGGGCAACCACUUUUGCUCGAAGGUUCACCAGUUCCUUCAAAACAACCCAGCUCCUUCACAAAGCAAGACCAACAAGAGGUCAACGUUACAACCUCUCGGUGCAGGCUGUGUAGAAGGAAAUACAGCUCACAAAUCAUGUUGAGGAGGCAUAUGCGCAUUGUCCAUAAGGUUCACACGUUGGAAAACGGCUCCUCCGCCAGCCGCGCUGUCUUCACCAGGAAAAACAAAAUGAAGACUGGCCCUGAUAAUGAGGGUUCCUCUGGAAAAAUUGGUCUUCCAUCCAAUGCAUCCUCUUCAUCUGAUGCAGAUAAGAGCACAGUGUGCUCGGCAUCAAAGCCUAAAGUCGCAGAGGACAGUGGAAACCUCCCAUUAAGUUUUGACUUCAAGCAGAUGUACUGUUGGCUAUGCAAGCGACAGUUCAGCUCCAGUCAGAACCUGACCAAGCACAUUACCGAGCUGCACAUGGAUGGUAAUGACAGUAUCUACAUCAAGUUUUAUGGGUGUCCUAUCUGCAGAUACGAGUCACGGCGGAAGCGGGAUGUCAUCCGUCACAUUACCGUGGUUCACAAGAAGUCCUCUCGCUACCUGGCCAAGAUCAUGCCAAUCCUAGAGAGUCGUGCGGUGAAGAAACCAGCUGAGGUUGUUCUAAAUAGUAGUGGGAAGAGUGUGUCUUCAAAAGAGGACAUCUCUGUAAAGCAGCAUGGUCCAUUGUCCAGCACGCUAACAACAUCAGACCAAGCAUCUUCAUCCAAAAUGAGUCAGCAAAACUCCUCUUGGUUGCCUGGCAUCAAGAAAAGCGAGUCUUCAGUUUACCCGAAUACUCGUAAGAAUUCAGCCCUUACAUCUCUUAACACUGCAAAUCACGAGCAGGAACAUUUACAGCCCACCAAAGUGUGUAAACAAGAGAAGAAGCCUCAAGAGCCAAAGAAUCCACAUGUUACGCGGAGCCACAAACCCACAAGAGGACCUCCCAUAACGAGAAGCCAGGAGUCAAGCACAGAGGUGAGGGUUACUAAGAACUUUUCUCUGCAUGGAUGUGACAUGUGCAGUCGGGCAUUUGCCAAGAAGGUUUUCCUUGAGACGCACAGACGAAGCCAUAAGACCAGUAUCAGUACCCCAACUGGAGGCACUAAAGUACAGGGAAGGAGUACUCGGUCAAAGGCGCUGAUAUGAUAUUCAGAUCCAUGUAAAUGACACUCACUGGAAUGUAAAGAUCUUCAGCAAAUAAAAAGCAGCAGUGUAGGAAUGGAAAGCUUUAUCAGAGACAGAAUGGCUUUUAAAAGGAAGGAUCGAUGCAAAUCAUGAGGAAAAGAACCUGCACCGACUGUACUGCAGAGGGUGCUGCGACCAAACAUUUCUCAUCUUCUCACAGAUUGUUCUCAUCCAGAUACUUUACCAAGUUACAUGAAUUUGAAGGAUCUCUCUCUCUCUCUCGCUCUCUUUUUAAAUAGUCUGUUAACAAUACACUUUACUUUUAAUGAAGUAUAUUUGUGCAGAGUACGCUUUUACUUAGAACCAUGUGGUUACUCAUCUGCAUUGUUGGUCACAUCUCAACUUUUGGUCUAGUAUGUCAAAUAGAGAGCAUUGUCACCAGUGAAACAUCACUAUGUUCCUGCUGACUUGUGGAGUUGCAAUGAAAUUCUGUUGUUGAUUUAAAAAUGAAAAUGGCUCAUAGAAAUCAGUACUUUGCUUGUACAGUUGGAGAUGACUCAUUUGACCUGCUGUUUUUACUCUAGUUGUCGCAGGGCUACUUGAGUUGAUGCUUUAAAGUAGCUUAACAGUACAUUUAUUUUAUGCUAGUCAACCCUCUGAUUUUCAUAGAAAUGUAGCCUGUAUAACAUUUUAAUUAGAUUUGCCUAUUGAACUAAUCAAACUGAAAACUAAGCAUUGUGCUUUCGAGUCCAUUUCUAUUUUUUUUUCUUCCUUGUUCUCUCUGAAAAGGAUCAGUGAAUGAAUACUAGAACAGAUGAUGUACUCGUCUCUUUAUGUAACUUUUUGGUUUGCUUUUAGUUUACACUGCUCAGAUGUAAAAGCUUGUUUAAUUGUAAAUGCUCUGCAAACACUUUGGGUAGAUAUUUGAACGAAUAUUUUUCCUUAAGCUCAUUUUAAUAUGUUAAUAUUGCAUAUAUAAGUAGGACUGCUUACAUCAAAAUUAAAGCUGCAUUGUCCAGUUUUAUGUAGCAAAUGCCAGAUAACAGCUAAAAGCAAAUAGGUGAAGAAUCAUGUUCUGUACAUUACUUAAGAGAACCCCACCACUAACCUUACACAUGCCCAGACCCUUUCUCUGGCAAAUCACUGUUGCACGGCUUACAUUUGCAGAAUUACAGUAAAGUUAAAAAGUUUUUAUAUUAUUUUUAACAUAAUAAGUAACCAACCAAUUGAUUUCAUGUGCAGAGUUGAAAUAUUUUCUUAGGAGUGGUCAGAUUGAACAAAAAUAAAAUUUAGCCUGGAGAAAAAUCCAAUCCAUUUGAAUGAGAAAUAACAUGAAAGCAUCACAAAAUCAUUUGCUUUUGGAGGUUGUUUAUUUUGCUUUGUGCCAUGAUAAUCGAAGUGGACCCCCCCCCCCCCCCCAAAAAAAAAAAAAAAAAAAAGAAUUCACAGACCUCAGAAACAUCAGCUAUUAGAGAAUGGAUAAGGUGAGAAGUUUCCCAUGAUCCCAUGGUUGGUCUGCAUCCCUAGAAUGUUGAGAGUCUGUAAAAAAAAACAACUACGUUUAAAAUGACAGUGCAGCUUUAAUCCAUAUUUACCAUUCCACAAUGAAUGAAAAAUGCUGCUAAUCCUUUCGCAUUGUAACUACUGUCUGUGCUUAUGUUUCUGCUUCCCUUUAAUGAGUCAGUGCUGCUCAGGUUGCGCUAAGAUAAGUUUUUUUAAGGAGUAUGAUUGAUGAAAUCAAAUAAGAGGUUGCAACUGUGAUCAAAGGGUUAAUUAGAUACUACUGCAUCCAUUUUGUAUUAUGUUGCUUUUAUUAGCCUAACAGUUAAAAAACUAUAUCUAGACCUAAAAUUACCUCUGUCUACUUUAGUAUGUAAUUAUUAAUUAGUUAUUUGAGUGAGAGUAAUGGGUGAAAUGAAGUACAAAUCUGUCUUGGUGUGCAUAACGAAUGCUUCUGCUUGAUCCUAUGUACAUUUAUGAAAUAAGGUGUAACAUUUUAAAAGGUAAUUGGCAAGACUUGUACUGUAUAUAUACAUACACAAUACUUGCAAGCCUAUCCCUGCUUCACUAGAAAUAUCUUUGUUCAAAUAAAGAGUUUAAAAAUG